UCAUGGCCUGACAUAAGGAAGCCUGGGAGUUGCCUGCAGACCUCAGCAGCAAAGGGAGAGAUGAGUAUGGUGGAUCUGGCCAAGGUUGGAGCCAUCCUGGUGAAAAAUGCCGUCACCGAGAGGCAGUAGAAUUACAGACUCUGUGGAAAGACAGCACGAGCGUCAUUUUUUUCUUGCGGAGGUUUGGAUGCCAGAUCUGCCGCUGGAUUGCAAAGGACGUGUCACAGCUAAAGGAAUCCUUAGAUGCCAACCAGAUCCGGCUCGUAGGGAUCGGCCCAGAAACGGUGGGUCUGCAAGAGUUCCUGGAUGGCAAAUAUUUCGCAGGAGAGCUAUAUCUAGACGAAUCAAAGCAGAGUUACAAGGAGUUGGGGUUUAAGAGAUACAAUGCGCUUUCUAUAGUCCCGGCUGCUCUGGGGAAGAAGGUGCGAGAUAUCGUCACAAAGGCUAACGCAGUUGGGGUCCAGGGCAAUUUCAGUGGAGAUCUCCUACAGAGCGGUGGGAUGCUCAUUGUCAGCAAAGGUGGAGAGAAAGUGAUCCUUCACUUUGUUCAGGACUCUCCCGGUGACUAUGUUCCUCUGGACACCCUGGUCACAACUCUGGGGAUUACCGCCGAUGUGACCCCCAGUCAACGCCCUCAGGUGAGAAACCACCAUGUGACAGCACAU